AAUGAACCGAUCUUGCUAGUCUCCAGCACCGCGGUGACGAAAGCUGCAUUCCUGAAAAAAACCAAACAAAAAACUUAGCGGAAGUUUACCGACACCUGCGAGUGGCUCUAACAUGGAAGCGACUGUCUUGUCGAGAAAAAUAUCAAGGCUACACCGAGAAGCGUAAGGAAGUGGACUUCAGUCGCAAGUCUGUUUUAGUGUGGAAGAAGAUGACUUCCCCAUGGUGUGCACUUGGAAACAAAAUUAGCUCACUUGGUUUGGUUGAUAUUUCCAAACACACACACAUGCCAAACUCUGGCAUAGUAUGUAUUGUGCUUUUUCCUGACAGCUCAACACAAACUUUCACAGUCAGCAAACACGAUGCUGGGCAUGUUUUGUUUGACCUUGCUUGUGAACAUCUGGGCAUAACAGAGAAGCACUAUUUUAGUCUCCAGAUCAGUGAAGAUACCUCUUCUUCACCUAGGUGGCUGGACCCCAGCAAACCUUGCAAAAAGCAGUUUAAAGGUUCUGCGCCAUUCUAUUUAAUAUUCCGAGUGCGUUUUUUUAUCUCUGACCCCAACUCUCUUCAGCAUGAACAGACCAGGCACUUUUAUUUUUUACAAAUUAGGAAAGACAUUCGGGAGGGCAGAUUAAAAUGUCCCUUAAGCUCUGCUGUGGUACUGGCAUCUUAUGCUGUGCAGUCUGAGAUUGGAGACCAUGUCCCUGAGUCUUCGGCUGGGUAUCUUGGUUAUAUUUACUUUAUUCCUGAUCAGGACAAGGAGUUUCUUGGCAAAGUGGAAUCUCUGCACCCUCAGCACAAAGGACUUUCUAAGAGCGAGGCAGAGUUGUGUUAUCUGAACACGGCUCGAACGUUAGACCUGUAUGGAGUCGAGCUUCACAGUGCACAGGAUGCUGGUAAUCCAUCACUCUGGAUUGGGAUUGCAUCAGGUGGUGUGGCCAUGUUUCGGAAUUUGGUUUGCUCUAGCUUCUUUCCUUGGAUCAACAUUAUCAAGAUUACGUUCAAAAGAAAAAGAUUCUCCAUCCACCUACGCCGGAAACAUGGGGAGGUUGGGCAGCAAGUAGUUUCUCUUUCCAUGCCCAGCUGUCGUGCCUCUAAGAACCUUUGGAGAUCCUGUGUGGACCAUCACUCUUUCUACAACAGGAAAAACUCCCAUGCCAUCUCCAAACCUAGGUCUGUCCCUCUGUAUCGAAAACUGGUAGGUGAGGUCAUGUGGAACCCGUUAAUUAAGUCUCAUUCUACUGAACAUCUGGAAACCAAGAGUCUUCCUUCAAGAUCUCCACCCAGUACACCUAACUGGCGAUGCCCUCGUUUGCGACAUGACUUUCGUAUGCCGCGUCCGUCCUCAGUGGACAAUCUUACCAACGAGAUGAGUUAUUUAACUGAGAGUGAAGAUGUGUUCUAUAGCUACAGGAAACCUCAGGAAGAUGAAAAGUCCAGCAGUUUGCAAUCCCAGUCUGAUGACAUCACUUUAGAUGAGGAAGACUGGCAGAGUGUGUGGGAUAAGAAUAUGGCAGCUGAUGGGGAGCUACUGCUAGUCAGAAUCAGCCCAGACAAGGAUGGCAAAUUUGGAUUUAAUGUCAAAGGAGGUGUGGAUCAGAAAAUGCCUUUGGCAAUCUCUCAUGUAAACCCUAACUCACCGGCUGCCCGCUCUGAGCCUGCAUUACUGGAAGGAGAUCAGGUGCUGUUAAUAAAUGGACGUGACAUUUCAGAACACACACAUCAGCAGGUGGUCAUGUUCAUUAAAGCCAGCAGAGAGUCCCAUAGCAAGGAACUUGCUCUGCUUGUACGGCGAAAAGGCGUCUCUGUAAGAGCCGACACCCCCCUGCAGUUUGGUGCUGCUCUCAGUCUUCCAGAAGAAAUUCCUCAGUCUCCAAGUCAUCCACCCGGAGAGUCACUGGAAGAGUCCAUGGCCCGUCUGGAAAAGGGGCUGAACUCUGGCACUUUGCUCAUGCAGUUUGAGAAGCUGAACAGGAAGAAAGCUGGAUUGUUAAUGUCUUGUGCAAAGCAGCCAGAGAACAUGGACAAGAAUCGGUACAAAGAUGUUUUACCAUAUGACAUCACCAGAGUGGUGUUACAGGAUGAGGAGGAUAAUUACAUCAAUGCCAGUCAUGUAAAGACUGAGCCAGUGGGUAGCAUGCUACGAUACAUGGCAGCACAGGGCCCGUUGCCCCACACCUGUCUUCACUUCUGGAGGAGCGUAUGGGAGCAAGACGUCAGCGUUAUCAUCAUGCUGACCACACUGACCGAGAGAGGACGGGCUAAAUGCCAUCAGUAUUGGCCCCAUCCUCCUGAGGUGAAGGACUAUGAGUAUCUUCAAGUAUGCUGUCAUUCAGAAGAGUGCAACUUGGCCUACGUCACCAGAGAACUGACGCUCACAAACACUCAGCUGGGUCAGCAGCGCUCCAUUACACAUCUACAGUAUGUGGCCUGGCCAGAUCAUGGAGUUCCAGAUGAUUCUUCAGACUUCCUAGACUUUGUCCGGGCAAUGAGAAGCAAACGACAAAACACUGAACCACUUAUGGUUCAUUGCAGUGCUGGGAUUGGAAGGACAGGUGUACUAAUUACCAUGGAGACGGCCCUGAUCCUGAUGGAGGGGGCACAGCCAGUGUAUCCUCUGGAGAUUGUCACUUUGCUGAGGGAACAGAGAGCCAUGAUGGUCCAAACCUCGUGCCAGUUCAGUUUCGUAUGUGAGGCCAUCCUGCGUGUGUACAGAGAGAGAUUCAAACACAGCCAAACCAGCAGCUGACAAGAGGAGAACAACAGGCACUGAUAUGCAUAUGAAUAUAAUAAGAGGAAAAACAAAGGGGUAGUGGGUAUGAUGGGAUUUUUUCUUCAUAUAUUGUAUUUCCCCAGUUUUUCUUAGCUCUUCUAUUCUCACUGGUGCAGAAAACAAAAAAGAUAAGUAUAUAAACAUUAGAAUUAACUGUUAUAUGCAUCACGGAGGGGAACAUUUCUUAAUUUUUGAAAAGAAAGAAUUGCUAAAAUGUAAUUUAAAUAGCUUUUAUAGGGUGGCUGAAUGUAAAUUGCCAUAGAAAGGUUUCUUGUAAUUCCUAAUAUAUAAGUUAGCCAAAGUUGCCUUACUGUGUCAAAGUUAAAAUAGUGGUACUAAACCAGAGCAAUCAUUUAAGCACUUUUGACACUGUUGCACCACCAUGCUGCUAAUAACCACAUUUCUAUCUACAGAAUUGUACAACUAGCAAAUCUGAGCUGUGUCGGUCUUUAAAGAGCAUAAUAAAAGCACUUUGACACUCUUAGACCUGUAUGAUUCUACACCACACACACACGAAAAUUAUACUACAACAAUGUCUGUUUAUAAAUUAAUAAAAAUGUUGAUUUAUAUUCAU